AUGUCCACAAUCUCAGAAGACGUUAUCCACGCGGCAGUAACCGAAUUUGGCGGCCUUCCGUCUUCCGUGACCGCAGCAGCGUUUUUGGGAGUCGCGUUGUACCUUUGCAUCGAGCUCAACGUUCGCCUGCUCGCCAGGACCACAAGCCGCAGCUUGUACUUCUGGAGCUGCCUACUGUGCAGCUGGGGUCUCAUCGUUCAUGGCAUCGCGAUCCUCUUACUCAACUUCCACAUAUGGGAAGCGUACUCAUCUAUCGUCGUUGUUGAGCUGGCGUGGUUGAUAUAUGUGGUCGCUCAGUCACUUGUCCUUUACUCUCGCCUCAACCUCGUACUGAGGAACACGCAAGUCGGACGCUAUGUCCUCUACAUGAUCCUAAUUGACUCGGUCAUGUUUGGCCUCACCACAGUUUUGCUCGGAAUGAUUGCUGCACGUCCACGACUUCACCACGCCAAUGUUACCUGGGACAAAGUGCAAGUCUCCGCGUUCUUCGUCCAAGAGACCCUUAUCAACAUUCUCUACAUCUGCGAAACUGCCAAAUACCUCAAGAAUAUGGAACUUCUUGGCAACUACCGCCAUACCACGCGUACCAAUCUUCGGAAUCUCAUCGCUGUCAAUGUUCUUAUAAUCAUACUCGAUUGCAGCGUUAUGGGGUUGUGUUUCAGCGGGUACUUCAACCUUCAAGGCUUCUACAAGGUUGCUGUGUAUGCUGUAAAGCUCCGUACCGAGUUUACGAUUUUGAACCAGUUGCGGAAGGCGUUGACAGGCGCUUCGACCGGCAGAUCAGGACUUGUCGUGCAAAGGGACGCUUGCAUUUCUCUCCCAAAGAGGGACAACCUCGUUGAGGUUGUCGAAUAAUAGGACUAGGAAGGUAAACAGGCACAUACAUGGGAGAUGGAAUCUGAGUAGAUAGCAUGUGAGAUAAUGUUCUUUAACCAGAUUCUCCAACCUUCAUGGUCCCUAUCUUUGUAGUAGCUUGUAUCAAUGCAACAACGUCUAAGCAGGCGUACGUUCUACUUUGAGACAGCUGUGUCAAGUGCGCUUCCCUAGUAGUGGAUACGAUGAAA